AUGAUAGUACGAAACUGCGUGGUGCUAAUAUUCCUGUCGACCGUUUCCUGUGUUCAAAUUAGAGCACAGUCCUUCCUAACCCAACAAUGUUUGGAAAUUGUGAGUUUUUUCUUCAAAGUUUACGGAAAUUAUUAGAAUUCUCGUGUAAACAAAGUUUUUGACGUAAUUUGGCAAAGAAGUUUGAAAAAAUAUUUUGGUGUUUAGUUAAGAUUUUUGUAAAAUACGACGAAAAAUCAUAUGCUUUGAAAAGCCAUAAAAUACGAUUAAAAAAGUAUCUCUACAUUGUGAACCAUCUGUAUAAGCAACUCUCCUUAUAGUAAACAAGAAAUUUGGCCCCGCUAUGUCAAUUUGCACUAAAAAGCCUCUCUGUAAAGACAACACUCCUUAUAGUAAACAAAAAAUCUCGGUCCCUCGGGUUGCUUGUCUAGAAAUAGUACUGUACAGAUGAUUCACUAUAUAGAGAUACCACUGUAUUAACUAAUAGUAUUUUAUACAAUGAACAGAGAUGACGGACGAGCCGGCCCGUGAAAACGUUUGAGGCACAGCUUGGGCUCGGGCCUAACGUAUGUACAUAUAUACCUGGUCCUUUUUCUUUUUUUUCUUGAGCCGGCUUGGCCCGGCUCGCUAAAAAAGUUUUAAUUUUGCCUACUUUUCAUGCUUUUCUCCUGGGCCAAGUCUAACUUUUAUACUCGGCCUGCUUCAAAUUUAGCUCAAGGCCGGCCCGCCCCUACCCAUUGUAGGAUCGCAACAGGAAGGGUUUACACCGCUUGUUUUGCCUUCCUAGGGCUGGGCGGCCCGGCCAUGAGCAAAAGUUCGGUUAAGCCGGCUCUAACAUUCAAGCCCGGCCCGUUUCUUGUGUCUAAACGAGAGGAAGACUAUAUAUGUAACUAAAUAAUUUUAUAAGGGUAGGGAAGUAUAGUAAAAAAUUUUAAAGUCUAAAAUACGCUUUUCAGGCAUCAGAAAGAGACUGUACAGUAUUCAACAAGUGUUGCGACUUCAAAUGCAGCCAGUCCAACCAAGGUGUUAGUAGUAAAGAACACUUCUGCAUGGCUUUAUUUGGUCGUAUUCAGCGUAGUGAAUGUGUAUGGUAAGUAAAUUUGCAGUUUUACUUUAUCAGCUAUCCCUUGUUUAUUAAAUUCUGUAAAAUUUAAAAAAAUUUGAAUUUUGCAAAAAAAUUGUAAACGGAAGUGAUGUCGUGUCUACUUGUCAUACAUACUUUUAUAGAUAUGAAUGUACCUAUUUUUACAGGUAAUGGCUGUUUAUUAAGUAUACCCUACCCUACCCUACUCUAUCCUAUUCUACCUUACCCUACCCUACCCUACUCUACCCUACCCUACCCUACCCUACCCUACCCUACCCUACCCUACCCUACCCUACCCUACCCUACCCUACCCUACCCUACCCUACCCUACCCUACCCUACCCUACUCUAUCCUACCCUAUCCUACCCUACCCUACCCUACUACCUUACCCUACCCUACCCUACGAUACCCAACCCUAUCUUAGACAUUAUCCAUGCCUAUAGCAUUAUAAUACCCAUAUUCUUGAGUAGAAAAGGUUGUUUUUGCUUUGACACCAACAAAAUGUUUACUUUGUUUUUCGAAAUGUAAAUUAUAUUACAUGAACUAGUCAGACAUGUGGUAGUCUGUGUUCGUUACGUAGAUUCACAAGGAAAUAGUCGCAUUUUGGCUGGGGUAAUUAGGAUUUUGACUAUAAUUUAGGUAAUGAAUAAUCUUGUCGUUUCUGACUACAUGUAUUAGGUUGCUCAAAUAAUUCUGUGCCCUCUCUCAAAGCAUAUAUUCAAAGUUGAGGUGGGCACAUACUUAUUUGAACAACCUAAUAUGACUAUGAAAUGAAGGCAAGACUUUUUUGUUUUUACUACUGUAAGCACUUAUAGUUUAGCCUAAAAAUACUGUGCUCAAAUUAAAAUUUAUGUUUACAAAACUCGUCAUUAGACAAACUUUGUUAGUCAAUUUAAGAAUUUGAUUUAGAAAGGUUAGAAGACAAUUUGAUAGUUUACCAAAAAUAUUUAAAAUUUUAUUUUUGGGCCUAUUUUUUAAAAAUUGUAUAGUAUAGAAAGUAAAUAAAUUAAAAAAAUGUUACCCUAGACAGUUUUUAACGCUUUAAAAUGAUAUUUAAAUUUACUUUUUGCAAAGAACGUAAUAGUAGGUUGUUCAAAUAAUUCUGGGUUUCUUAACACCGAAAAUGUGCUUCGAGAGGGAGCAUAGAAUUAUGUGAACAAACUACAGUACUCUCUAUAUAUAAACAACCCAAAAGGAUCGACGUUUUUUGUUUACUGUAAGGGGUGCUGUCUUUACAGAGUAAUUUUUAGUGCAAAUUGACUUGGCGUGGCAAAAUUUCUUGUUUACUAUAAGGAGAGUUGCUUAUACAGAUGGUUCACUAUAUAGAGAGACCACUGUAUUAAUAAAAUUAUACAUAAUAUUUUGAAAAAUUCUUUGUUUAAAAUGUGAUAUUUUGACGUAGAUCUUUGUUUACUAUUCCAAAUAUUCUAUAUAUUUACCUUUGACACGUGGUUAAUCUAAUCUAUGUUUAUAUAAAACAUUCAGCAAAACAUAUAUUUAGGUAGUUAUCUUAGAUUUGUUACCUAUUUACUAUGUUAUUCAUGGCUAUAUUUUGAUAUUUUACCUUAUGACUACUGAUGUUUUAAAAUUUAUUUUGCACUUAUGAAUUACUGUGUUUUGAAGAUUAUAUUUUCAUGUUAUAUUAUGUGCUAAAGAGUAUAUUGACUUACUAUGUUGUUAUUUUGCAAAUAACUAUGUAAAGAAGUUGAUCUUUGAAACCAAAAAGUCAAUGGCUCUAAAUUGGCACUAAAAUGUAUAGAUAACCGUUGAAAGCUGAAAAGUAUAUAAACGGAAAACAAAUACUAAGUCAAUGUACUAGCAGAGCAUCUUAUAAAUAAAGCUUUGUGACGUCGGCUAGCUUCUUAAUACUAAAAACAGAUUUUUUAGGACAAUAUGUAUUUAGUGUUUAGUAUCAUAUUAUUGUAUGUAAUACUAAAAAAAGCUUGGGUAGGGUAGGGUAAGAUAUUGGGUCAGCAAAUUUUUGUCGCUUUUUAACGUCUUAAGCCCUGUAACUUGACGACAAGACUUUUUUUAAAUAUCAUUCUCGCUAUUUUAAUGCAAUAUAACAAUUACAAAUUUUAUUUUGUUACCUAAACUUUAAUUUUAUUACCUAAAAUUAAUUUUUUUAAUUGAUAACGAUUACAUUUCAGUAACUCGGCGACAUCACUUCGAAAGUCGUCUCCCUUUGGCGUGAAGCAUUUGGACAUUGUAACUGGUGUUAUGUUAAUGUUCGCUGUUGACUUUGUCAUCAUGACCUUGUGUCUUUAG